UGCGAUUGUCCCACACCAACGAAGAGGCAACAUGCGCAAGGAAGUCAACGAGCCGAGCGCUGCCCCGGUCGCAAGGGAGAUGAAGGUCCUCAGUGUAGGACUUCCUCGAACAGGCUCUUACUCCAUCUGCCUGGCUCUCACAGCACUGGGCUACAGAAACGUCUACCAUGGUCUCCACGCUAUCGACAAUCCCGAAGACUUCGAGGUCUUCGGUCGUGCAGCAGACGCACUUUUCCCGAGCUUGCCGUCAUACAAUGGCAAUGGUAUGACAGCGAAGGAUUGGAAUGCAGUAUUUGGCCCAUGCGAGGCCGUCACCGAUCUGGCAGGGCCAUUCGCCGAGUCCCUCAUUGCAUCGUACCCAGACGCGAAGGUCAUCAUUGUCAUCAGAGAUUAUGACAAGUGGCAUAGGUCAUUCGUUGACAUGUUGUCGGGCAUAUUUCGGCAGGGUCACGAUGUUCAUCAAAAACUACCUUGAGCCGUGGACAGGGGAUCAUUCCGCCACGAACGUCCAAAAAAUGAUGCUUGGUUGGACACGUUCCGAAGAUCUUGGCGAUCUGGUUUCGAGAACGAGAGAACUUUAUGAUCGCCACAACGACGGUGUUCAGAGACUCGUACCUGCGGAACAAUUACUGGUGUACAAGCUGGGCGAUGGGUGGCAACCACUUUGCGAAUUUUUGGGCAGGGAUAUUCCGGGAA